CGCACUUCGCUUCUAUCCGAUUGCGCGACUUGGGUGGCGCUUCGCGGACCGUGCCACGAUGCUUCCCGACGCUCAAACGCGCUAGCGUAGUCGCAAUCACUGCACCUGCUUACAUCGCAUCGUCCAUCCCGUACGUGGAAUCGUCCACCGCCAUGCUGGUGAUGCAGUGAUCGUAUAAAUCACCGAGAAACACCGAUUAAUCGACGAUAGUGACGGUGACCAAGCAACUCUUCGAAACUGGUGAUCUCCGAUUCCUAAUCUUCUGUUCUUCGACGGGUUUCCGGUUUCGUUGUACGGUUGAGUAUUCCAGAUCUUCUUAUGAGUUGUGAUCGUUCGAUGUACGGACAAGAAGUAUGGCAGGAAGAUGAAACGACAACACCAUGGCAGAAGAUACGAUGUAUGCUGUGACAAUUGUUUAUCCUUGAGGCAGCGCGUCAAAUUCAUACAUACGAAACUAUAAAACGUCACGCAUUCGUUUAGCGUGUGACAGUUUAUAGUUGUCCUCCGAAAAUUAUUUUUUUGUACGUCACAAACGGCCAAAAAUUUUCGUCAAUAUAUCACAGAGGAUAAUCAAGCUCGUUAAGCUUGCUAUUUAUUCAUUCUGAUAUGGCUGGACUUGUUACAGCAAAACUCCAAAAAGCACUUGAUUCCGUCUCGUAAUUUAUCUUAUUCUGCGUAUUUUAGAGCAGACUGGGUGCAUAAUUCAAUUAAAAGCAAGUCUCAAACAACAUAGUCAAUGCGGGAAUAAUAAAAUCAUGUUAUGCAAUAGUAAUAUGUAAUGUGAUAUGAUAUUAUUUGAGAGUUAGCGGACUCAAUUAUUCUACUAUCUGCUAUUUUUCGCAUGACAUUACGUGAAGUAAAUUGUCUGACGGACGAAUGCAACUUCGUGAAUCGCGUCUGACCUGCAUUCCUACUGUAGGAGUAAGCUUGUAACACGGCAUGAAGCUGGAUCGGAAGUAAGAAGAAACCAUCGCCAAAAAACAUGUCGCCGAAUCACUUAAUAAUGGCGGCAAUUGUACUCGCGGUUGCCACCGUCUGUCGCUCGGAGUGCCAGACUCGUUCUAUUUAUUGCUACGAAUGCGAUUCAUGGACGGAUCUCAGAUGCAAGGAUCCUUUUAAUUACACCGCACUUCCAAAGGAUCAACCACCUCUCAUGACUUGCCAUGGCUGUUGCGUGAAAAUGGUUCGCAACGCCAAGUCACCAUAUGAGAGCGUGAGGCGGACCUGCACCUCGCAACUACAAAUAAAUUUAUUCAUGGUGGACCACGUGUGCAUGAUGGAAAGUACCGGCACUGGUCACAUGUGCUUCUGUGAGGAGGAUAUGUGCAAUCAUGUGUCCCCGACCUCGUGUUCGAAUCCUACACUCCUGCUGAUCCUCUUGACGAUCCUUGUACUACGCUCGGUCAUUUUAGGGGCCCCAGCUUGCUUUGUAGAACGUUGCAAUCGUCACGACGUAUAACACUGAUUUAUUCGAUUCACCUGCCAGUGAUUCCGAUUAUAUCCUUCGUAGAAUUAAUUUUUAGUCAGCGACUUGAACUCUCGCCGAGACGAACGGUUCUCACCAGUCACGUACCGGUUGGAUAACACAGAACACGUUGUGUUUCUUUUCACGUUCGUACCAAACCAGAAAGGUAAGACACGAGCUGCGUGUUCCUUGAAAGAGAAGGGAAUCGGUCGAUCGUCGAUUAAUCGUGUCAGACCGUUUUAACCGUACAUUUCAAUUUUUGUGAAUCAAUUCAUGAAUCGAAAAUCGACGAUCCAUAUCUUCUCUUCAAAGAAUUUUGCUCUCUCGCUCGUCCUGGUCCUUUCUUCGGCAUAAGUCGUAACGAAAUAUCUCGAUCGUGUUCUCUGUAGAUAAAUCAUCCGAUUCUCUGUCACUCUCGAUUUUGCUACGCGCUCUUCCUCUUGAUUCACAGCCCCUCUAAAAUGUUUUCUGUACCUUUGCGAUGGUAUUUUUAACGACAAUUUUAAUUCGUUUCGAAGUGAAAUUUAUCUUAUUGGAAGAUAGUACGUGUUUUAAAAAAAAUAUGGAUUUUUUCCAAUUGAUAUAAACGGACAAUUUAUUAUAAAUUUUUUAGUUUGUUCGUAUUAUAAGUUUUAAGUAAAUUAAACGGAGAAUGAUAAAUCAAAUUCGAGCUAUCAGAAAAUUGAGCCUGAAGCGAGUAAAAAUUUAGACGCGUUCUUUAAUUCAAUGUAUGUUCGGGUGAUGUUUCUAUUUGAUCAAUGAGAUGGGAAUCCUUUUCUGACGAAGUUUUGUUGCAUGGAAUCCAGAAUCGAUUGAGACCAUUCCAUUCUUGCAACUGUCAAUCAGUUCUUUCGUUUUUUCUUCCAGUAUUGAUGUAUCUUACAAUUAGAACUUUUUGCUAGUUUUUUCCUGGUCAUUGAUCGUUACAAAGUCUUAAGCAUCAAGUUUUCUAGCUCUCAAAGCAUCUUAAUGGCCGAAUCGAGCUGCUCCCGAUACGUAAGAAAUAGUAUUCGUCAUUAUGUCGUGGUAUUUUGGAAUGUUUUUUCAUUUUUAAAGUUUCCAGUGGCUUGCCGUUUAUCAAUGUUCCAUACCAAGUUCAUCGUAUAUCUAAGCGAAUGUGGAUCACGAAACUUCAAAACUUUGAAACGUAGGUAUACUGUUGUUGUUGUGUACAACGUUGUUCGAUCAUUGCAAGAUCUUGGAGCUAAUGUGUGUUCUAAUUGUAUUACCUUAAAUACACAUUUAGCGCUUUCCCAAAGAAAAUCUCCAAGUAACGGAGGAUAAUCGAGACACAGAGAGAAAGAGAAACACGAUGUACAUUCAUUAUUUUAGCUCAUAGAGGUCGACUGAUGGACAAUUUUCGUAUUAACUCGUUACAUGCUUUAACACCAUAUCAAUGUUGAAAAGUAACUUUAUAAAUGAUCAUUGAUUACGAGAACAUUACCAAGAUCAUAAUAUAUUGAAGAUCCUUGGCACUUUCAGAAGAUUUUGAUCAUAGAUAAUCAAAUUUGAGAUGUAUAACUAGUUUCUCUUUGAACACUUUCGAUCGCUAUUCAUCAAUAUCUAUACACACACCUUUGACUCUUAUCCAGUCGAACAAAUCGUUUUUGUAUAUCACGUACGAACCAUCAGCACCCUCAAUCACUCUCUGUUUCUUGUUAUACAUUGUCGUAACGAUUGUCGUACUUCUCCCCCGCUGUUCUACGUCUCUAACGACUUUUAUACGUUUGCCCAUUUGCCAUUCUUUACGAGACACCGGUGUUUCGCGCAUCAUGCACCAUAGGACAGUGGAACGAGAAUGACCCAUGGUACACGGAACUUAAAGUAGAGCAACGUUCAGGCCGCAUGGUUUCGGCAUGUCCAUCUGUCAGCAACGUCAUGAGAAAGCAACGACUACAGCCGGCAAGCAUCGACAGCAGAAUUUUCCAGUUCUACGUUUUCCGACUUGCUUGAGUCACGGGCGUGUGCUUUUUCAAUUUCCAAACAAAUUAUUCUCGUUUACUUUUUCAAUUAUACGUAACAUAAUAGAAUAUUACCAAAGGCUUUAACGUUAUUUGAUUAGAUUUCAUUAUAUAAUGGAUGGGGUCGGGAUCGAUUCAUUAAAAAUUUGAUUGGAACUCGAUUGAAAUUUGCUAUAGGAUUAACAAUGAAUCAUGUAUAAGAUUGAUCGUUAAAAGGCACGCGCGCGUGGAAUGAACCACAGUAGUACUAGUGAGUUCGACAAUCACGUAUUUAGCAGAAGUGUGUUCCACACGUAGAAAAGUGUAAAUUCGAGUGCAUGGAUUGUAGCACUUUCAUUAACAGUGAAAAGGCAAAGGAAACUUUACGGACGGCUUCUGGAUGAAAGCUUUGCAGCCCGAUUAAAAUUGCGUAUUACCAUUCACGUUACGAUCUCAUCCCCUUUCCUCCGUCCCGCGAUUAUCGUAUCGCCGUGCAGUAGCACCUUGCAUGAUACUUGCAUGAAUCUGUUGUUGUUAGAAAUUUUUGCGAGAGACUAAAAAUCCCGUAGUCGAUGCUUCAACAGGUAACAGACUUUAAAAUAAAUGAAACAAAUAUAUUCGUAUACGUAGAAUAAAUUUUGUUCGAACUGUUUCAAAAUUUUCCAACAACUAUUAUUUUAAAUUAUUCUACGUAUUUAUUAUAUAUUAUUUCAAUUAUUGCAAUAUUAAAUACAGCAUAUUUUUACAAUAUCUGGGAAAUAAUAGAAGAAACAAUUCAAGUACGAAAAUUUCAAGUUAAAAUUCUUAUUCUAAUCAAUACGAAAGUCUGUUUCCAAAAUGAGGCUCGGCUCAGUAACCCGAACACAGAACCUUCCAUUCCGACGAAUGCAACGCGAGGCUGAUCGGAUUAAUUAAAAAGCACAACGUGCGCCUUCAGCUUCGAUCGUGCCACGCCAAUUACGCGCAUCAGCGGCGUCUCGAGCGCUUUCAGGCUUUCGGAACUAAUGUUCGAUCGCGAUCGAUCGAUUAGGCGACACGCAACGAGGAACUCGAUCGACGAAAGCGACGUUGAACUCGCUCGAGAAUACUCGUGAAUCGAGCAGCUUUACGAUCACGCAGUUUGUAAAUCUUUUUCAGGGUAUGGCUGGCACGGCCAAGUUGAACGCGCAUGUCCUCACAGAGAGGCUCCCGGUGUGGAGCCUCUUGCCAAACAAGCUUCGGUGCUUGCGAGUGAAAGCGAGCUAACCGGUGUUUCUCUGGCAAGCCAUGCGGCUCGUGUCGCGUCAUUUGUUCAUUGUCGCACGCGCGGCUGCGAGGCUAUUUCUUCGAAUCUUCUUUUUGUUCUUGCGUUUUUCUUCUGUCUGCCCCCUUUUUUUCAGUUUGUCAUUGCGCGACCGAUCCGAUCAGCGUUUGCUGAUUGCACCGCAACUCGCCGAAGAUCGAAGAGUAAUUCGAUUAAUCUUAUCAAGAUUAUUGUCAAGAACUAAUGUACCUCUAUAUUUUUGGUAAGAAAAGUUUGAGAUAUCGAAUUUUUUUGUAUGUAGUUUUUUUUCAUAGAUCGAUUUCAUCGAAGAUUUUAUAUGUAAAGAAUGCGAGAGUAUGUUUGAUAAACGCAGCAGACAGGAGAUGGGAGCUGCAAUGACAACACUGACAUCAGCAUGUAACACGAAGCGAAUCUACAUUUUUAAGUUUGGCCUCGCAGCUGAAAAGAAUCCACAUAACGUUACCGAUACAAAUAAUCAUGCGAAGUAAUGGCGGAUGCGCUCAGGCGAAUCUUAAACAGCUCGAUCGAAUACGAAGUGGAUCCGACGUAUUAUAUUUCGAUCGAAUCAAUGGAAUCUUUAACCGACUUAUUUUGUCAAGUAUUAAAUGAUGAUAUUAGAUAAACUUCUAAUGCAAAUUUUAACGAUGUUUCAGAACUUCGGACGUCAGAGAUUCUUGUUCGUCUUGAUCGAGGCUGUUUCUGUUUCGAAAUAGAAAAACAAAAAAAAAAAAAAAAAAAAAAAAAAAAAUGAAAGAGAAAAGAAAGACACAGGAUCGAUAAUUUCUUUGCUCGCCUGUUUACACGAAAGCUCAUGUCUAAGUGCUUGCAUAAGAAUCGAGGAAAUUAUUAUCGAUGUACACUUUUGUUUCUGUUAAAGAUCGAUGUUUACGAUUGCGCCGAGAUGUCAACCUAUGUAUCGAUAUCCUCUAACACUUUUGUCUCGAUGUUGAUAAACAUUGGGCAUAAACUGAAUGAUGUAUGAUGAUUAUAUAUUUUACGAUGCAAGUAUCGAGAACCCUCCUCUGUUUCUAUAUGUAUCGAUGUGUAUCGAUUUGAAUGAUCGUUGCCCCGAGAUGUUCAUUUAUUCUGACCUCUUGAUUCUUCGUUGGUGUCAGUUACGUUGAUUUUAAAACGAUUGAUAGAGUAUAUACGAUGGCAUGAGGCGAUGUUUCGAUAGCAAAGUAGCGUUCUCAAUUAUACUUUAGCACGUGAUUUCGUUGUUCCCCGUUUAGCUCCAUGAGGACAUUAUUUUCUUUCAACUUCAUCGAUCGUUGUCUUAGCGUCAUAUAUUUCAUAUGAUUUCACGGUAUUGUUAAUUUGGACGACGUGUUCAAAGUGAAGAGAUAAAUAUCUAGCUCGUAAGAAAAUAAAAUAGAGUAUCAGGUGCUUUGUAGCUUCGUUUAAUUAUCGUAUCGAAUUUGCGUUAUGAAACUAUAAUUGAUAUUAAUUAGUUAAUAUUAUUAACAGACGUUAACGAACAAUGUUUUCGUAGAUAUAUAGUUAAUGAUUAACUAUUGCCUUGUAUGCUUUCUUAUCAGAGAAUCUAACAUUUAUGCAUUCCAAAGAUUCGCUAUAUUAUUUAUUAUAUAUUAUCGGUAUAGACCUUUACGAAAAGUGAAAGUAAAAAUCGCUGGUGAUAGAGUGAAAUAAUUUUUCUUCAUGCACAUAUCGUUGCCUCCGUAGAAUAAUCACGUCUCGAUAAUGAUGAAAAAUUAUCGUGUGCUGACUUUGAAUAGUUGAACGCUGUUUAACGCUGUUUAACGUGAUAGUAAAAUGUCCAACGAUACGUAAUAUUUAGCCGGUAAGUUCAGCGUGUCUUGUCAAAAGAGAGAAAGAGAGAGAGAGAGAGAGAGAGAGAGAGAGAACAGUUAGCGAAGAAUUAUUUGCUCUAGAGUUUAUUAACUUUGUUAAUUUUUUACCAGACUAGUACGAUAGUGGCAUCGAACCGCGGAAUAGCAUUAAGCUAGUGCUUAGCUAUAAUCGAAACAUAUGACUAUUGAAAACGCGGUCAGUAUUUUAAAAUUAUGUAGUGUUAAGAAACGCAUACUUUCAUACAAAUAGCAUGAAUAAACGGAUGUCGCGAAAUAUAAAAUUUAUGUGGGAAGAAAAGGAAAAGUUGAAGAAAAAAUUGAAAAUAUUGCUAAAGAAUUCGACCGUUAUCGAUUCUUUUUAAUUGAAAUACAUCCUGACCAAUAUGGGAUCUGUGGUAUUAAAUCUCGAUGUAAUCCAACGCAUGAAGAGAUCAUAGAGAGACGUAUAACAUAGAUAUUUUCAUGAAUAUUUCAUACAAAUCUGGACACAUAAUGUUAUUUAUCAAUGCGAACUCUUGAAAGGUUGAAAGAGGUAUUUAAAAAAAUGGUGCGGUAUAUAAGAUUGUUCCAGUUGUAGUUAAAGAUGAGACGGUAUAUGAUUGUUAUAAACCAGAGUUAUUGGACAAAAAUUGUACAGAAUUGAAGACAAGCAAAACCAUGACAGAUGGUUGUAAGGGCAUAUUGUAAUUUAAUGAUUGUUAAAACGAUUAGAGAUGGUGUGUUGAGGCGCAGAUUUUACGAGUACGUUAUGCCCUUGAGAUUUAAUUGUUAGCGCGAUAUGUAACAGAGUAUCAGGUGCAAAUGAACGAUACUUUCUUGACAUAUCUCAAUGAAAAUAUACAUUUAUGUGUACAUAUACUCUUCCUCUUCUCUUUAUGUCGUUUGAAAAAAAAGGGAAACCGUGUUAAUAUAUAAUAUCGAAGCGAUAUUUUCGUCAUCUAAAUCAUUAUUAACGAUGAGAGAAUUAUAAAGUACGGAACUGUUAAAAAGAAUUAUGAUUCACAAUAGGCCGAAUUGUGUUUGAGAUAUGUUUUUCCAGAGAUUGGAAAACAAAACAUAACCGUGGCCUAGAUUGGUCAGAUCUGUCAUCGUUGUAUUCAAAUUCGCAAUAAAAUUUUUAUGUCAUUGGA